AUGGCAGCUCAAAAAGUUCUUAUUGUCGCUUCGGCUCUCCUCGUUCAGGCUGGUGUUGGUGAAUUAAAAAAGUCACUUUAUUUAAUUCAAUAUAAUCAAACUUUUAAUCGAAGUGCACAUGUGAAACAGUUAGGCAACUAUAAAUGUUUUGCUAAUUUACAGAUUGUUUUCGGCCAAGUUUACACCGGCAAUACCUUUGUGGAAAAUUUCGUCUCAGGAAACUCUGGAGCAAAUGCUAUCAACGUAGCUAACUCCGGAAUCGGCUCCUAUGGAGUUGCUAAUACUGGAAUCGGCAGCGCUGGCCUGAUUAACACAGGAUUUGCAAACGGCCUCGGUUUGCUUGGCACAGGAGGAAGCGGCGUCGGUGUGAUUGGCGGAGGUUUUGGCAGUGGCGCCGGUGUUAUUGGCGGAGGUAUCGGCAACGGAGUCGGUUUAAUUGGCGGUAACACUGGUCUUAUCGGUUCUGCAUUGAAUGGCGUAACGUUCAACCUCGGUGGCCUUAGUAUCGGUUCCAGCAGCCCUCUGGUCGUCAGUAACAUAUCUCCUAUCGGUCCUAGUGGUCUCGCUGUAGCGUCAGAGAACGUGAUCGACGGCACUUUGUUGGUGAGCGGUUCUCUGCCGUUCCUGAGUGCGGUGGCGUUCGAGGGUACGCUGCCAACGGCUGGCUCUGGUAUCGCCACGUGUGGUUGCGCGCCAUUACCGCAACCACACGUGGCGAUACCAGAACCAGCCGUGGGCAGCGUACCUUCGAACGACACCGCACUCAGGAACGGCAGAGAACCGCUCACCAAUAAGGUGCCGUCGAUCACGUUCUCUGACGCUACAGCGAGACCGCUGGGACCGAUAGGAGAGAUGUUAGUGACGACCAGAGGGCUGCUGGAACCGAUACUAAGGCCACCGAGGUUGAACGUUACGCCAUUCAAUGCAGUACCAACGAGACCAGUGUUACCGCCAAUUAAACCGACUCCGCUGCCGAUACCUCCGCCAAUCACACCGACGCCGCUGCCAAUACCUCCGCCAAUCACACCGACACCGCUUCCUAUGCCUGUGCCAAGCGAACCGAAGCCGUUUGCAAAUCCUGUGUUAAUCAGACCAGCGCUGCCGAAUCCAGUAUUAGCAACUCCAGAGGAACCGAUUCCGGAGUUAGCUACGUUGAUGGGGUUUGCUCCAGAGUUUCCUGAGACGAAAUUUUCCACAAACGUGUUGCCGAAUGCCUACAGUCAAUUUGGACCCUUCAACUAUGGUUUUUUGGGUGACACUGGCGUCGAUUUUUCUGCCAUUGCUGCCAGCAGUGGUUUGGCUGGACUAAGUGGAUACUUGGAAAAUGGUGGCCUUAAUAACAACGGCCUUGCGCUGAACACACUUGGCCUUGGUGGUCUUGGUGUUAACAACCUUGGGUUAGGCCUUGGUAAUGCUGGUUUAACUGCAGUUGGAUUGGAGAAUGUUGGCGUGGCUGGUCUUGGAGUUGGCAACAUUGGACUUGGUCUUAGUAACGCCGGCUUGGCUGUAGGUGGAUUGAACAAUGCUGGCUUAGGGGUUGCCGGACUCGGAUACGGCGCUGGUCUCGGCGUACAAAACGUAGCUGCUACGUCCCAGGUGCCCGUUACCGGCCCCUUCACCGCUAGUGGCAAUGCUGAGCUCGUGGUCGGAGGUGACUUCGGCGUCGGCGGUCAAGCCGUGGUUGGCGGACAGAUCCCAGUGCUCGGUGCUGUUGGCUUCUCUGGUGCGAUACCCGCCAGUGGCGUCGUCUCUAUCGCUGGCAACUGCGGCUGCUCGACUAUACCCCUGUAA